AUGAACAAGAUGGCAGCCAAAACACUUGUAUCCAUUGUCUUCUUGGCUGUGGCUUUGUCUCUGGCCUCUGCUUCUGAUCCCAGUCCCCUGCAGGACUUUUGUGUUGCUCUCAAUGACACAAAGGAAGCUGUGUUCGUGAAUGGAAAAUUCUGCAAGGACCCAAAGCUUGCCACAGCUGAUGAUUUCUUCUUCUCGGGACUUAAUGUUCCUGGAAACACAUCGAACCGGCUUGGCUCUAAUGUUACACUAGUAAAUGUUGACAAACUAGCCGGACUUAACACCCUUGGUAUCUCAAUAGCUCGUCUUGAUUUUGCACCCUAUGGUCUCAACCCCCCACACACACAUCCCCGUGCCACUGAGCUUCUCACUGUCUUGGAGGGAACCCUCUAUGUUGGUUUCGUUACUUCUAACCCAGAUAAUCGCCUGAUCACAAAGGUUCUUUACAAGGGCGACGUUUUUGUGUUCCCAGAAGGCCUCAUUCACUUUCAGUUCAAUGUUGGAGACACUAAUGCCGUGGCUAUCGCUGGAUUAAGCAGCCAAAACCCGGGAGUCAUCACUAUUGCAAAUGCUGUCUUUGGUUCAAGGCCAUCCAUCUCUUCUGAUGUUCUUACCAAGGCCUUCCAAGUGGACAAAAAAGUUAUUAACUAUCUUCAAGCUCAAUUUUGGAUGGACAACAAUAACUAA